GACGUAUGAAAAUCGUUAUCCACGGGCUAAGACUAUUUGGUAGUCAUUCCGCUUUUUGUCUUCACUAACCUAACAUGGAAACAGAUAUGUCACUUGAGUAUCUUUCGUUUCGAAGUAAUAUUCCCUGUCGCAAAAUAGUCUUAGACGAUUCUGAAAAGGUGUGGACUAUUUACGAUGGAGGACCAAAAACUGUUAGAAGUCCUCUCAUUUGUUUGCCACCUGUAAGCGGAACAGCUGAUACUUUUUUCCAGCAAGUUCUGGGUUUGGGUGCCAAAGGAUACAGAGUAAUUUCACUUAGCUGGCCUGUGUAUUGGAGUGUCAAUGAAUGGUGUGAAGGUUUCCGUAAACUGUUGGACUUUCUCCAGUUAGAUCAAGUUCAUCUGUUUGGGGCAUCCUUGGGAGGAUUUUUAGCUCAGAAGUUUGCAGAGUAUACUCAUCGAUGUCCAAGAGUACUCUCCCUCAUUCUGUGCAACUCUUUCACUGACACAUCUGUAUUUCAAUAUGGUGAUUCAGCCCCAUUCUUGUGGAUGUUGCCCUCCAUGGUUUUGAAAAAAAUGGUUAUGGGCAAUUUUGGUGGUGAAAAGAUGAUGGAAUCCGUCGUGGCAGACUCGGUUGAUUUUAUGGUGGAAAGGUUGGAAAGUUUGUCGCAGGCGGAGUUGGCUUCUAGACUAACGCUUAAUUGCGGAAGUAGUUACGUCCACGUUGAUAAAUUACAGCAAUAUUGUAUUACUAUAAUUGACGUCUUUGAUGACUGUGCAAUCGCCUCGCCUGUUUCUGAAGAUAUGUACAGGAGUUAUCCCCAUGCUAGCAUGGCUCAUCUUAAGAAUGGAGGCAACUUUCCAUACCUAAGUCGGUGUGACGAAGUAAACCUUCACCUGCAAGUUCAUUUACUUCGAUUUGAGAGAACACGGUGCAAAGCGGGAGGCAGUAAUUUCUCUGAUUGAGAAAACGGUAUCUCUUCUGCAGGUCUUCAUCUUGUCCAGUACAUUCUGCUAUUUGUAGAUUCAGCGAUAUACAUACCAUGAAGCAGCUGGAAGUUUUGAAUCAUUGUGAUGGCAUUCCCAUUAUCUUCUAAAUGUUGCCUUUCUUUUUAUCGAAAAACCUUUGUUAUCUGAUAUUUCCUAAUGUCGCGUCUCGAAUCCUCAACCAUAAUUACACGUGCCUUCUCUGACU